UGGCGUCGGACUUCACAACACGGAAGUGAAGCGCUACUCUUCGGUCUGUUUAUGUUUUCGUCUUCGCCCGGAAAACUCAGUUUGUCCGAAAAUAUGGCAGUGAGCGCCGUUCACUUGGAGUCAGACGCGUUUCUGGUGUGUAUGAAUCACGCAUUAAGUACAGAAAAAGAAGAGGUGAUGGGUUUGUGCAUCGGAGAGGUGGAAAUCACACGGAUCGUCCACAUUCACUCCGUCAUCAUCCUCCGCCGCUCGGACAAGAGGAAAGACCGGGUGGAGAUCUCCCCGGAGCAGCUGUCGGCGGCCUCCACGGAAGCUGAGAGGCUGGCCGACAUCACCGGCAGGCCGAUGCGGGUAGUCGGCUGGUACCACUCCCACCCGCACAUCACCGUUUGGCCGUCCCAUGUCGACGUGAGGACCCAGGCCAUGUACCAGAUGUUGGACCAGUGCUUCGUGGGUCUCAUUUUCUCCUGCUUCAUCGAGGACAAGAACACCAAGACGGGCCGGGUCCUGUACACCUGCUUCCAGUCCGUGCAGGCGCAGAAGGGCUCAGAGUACGAGCGGGUGGAGAUCCCCAUCCACGUCGUGCCCCGUGAAGCUAUCGGUAAGGUGUGCUUGGAGUCGGCCGUGGAGCUGCCGCGGAUCCUGUGCCAGGAGGAGCAGGAUACAUACCGUAAGAUCCACAGCCUGGCGCACCUGGACCCCGUCACCAAGAUCCACAACGGCUCGGUGUUCACCAAGAACCUGUGCAGCCAGAUGUCGGCGGUGAGCGGGCCGCUGCUGCAGUGGCUGGAGGACCGGCUGGAGCAGAACAAGCAGAGUGUGUUGGAACUGCAGCGGGAGAAGGAGAGGCUGCAGCAGGAGCUCUCUGCUCUGUGAUCACACGGAGGAGGACGUAGUUUGGAGACAACUACCAGUUCCUGUUCUGUUACUGGACGAGGGGGGACGACACCUUUUGUUUGGCUUCUUUACUAUUUUCUUCCCUUCCAGCCUGCGCUCCUUUUGCUUUUCUUGUAUAUGAUGUGUUAAUAAGAUGGAAUAUCAAAAGCUGUCUGAUACCAAAGUUGGCAUUAAAUGUCUGGUCAGUCUUGAUUGCUUA